UAUGCAUGGAUGUAUGGAAACAGGCUAGAGCAGGUGUGUUUUGUGCAUGUCUCAGUGGUCGCUGUAUUCAGGACCGUGGCUACGGACUUUGCGUAAGAUGUUGCGCUGGGUGCAGCAUCAGUCCUGCGUGCGGCCACGACGCGCGCGAGCUGCCUGCAUACACUUACAAAAAUGCGCCAGUAGGUUUGUACGCCUCGUACCCCGGAUAAUCAAAUUACAUUCGAUUUUUACACUUUACAGCGAGCGAUUGCGUCGUUUUUUUCUCUCUCCCAGCGGUGGUAUGAUCUGUUAACUAUAUAUUCACCGUGUCCGCGCGCACUGACGCGCUCCGGAUCUGUGAGAGACACCGAAUCAACGGGAGGAAAAUCAUUAGAAGAAGAUUCGUCGAGUCGGCGCGAGGAGAAAGGAAAAGGUUUCCUCAUGUCCAAGAUGAUUCAUUAGAAGAGGAUCCGGAGGAUGUGAUGGAUGCAUGAGAGGAGAACGUAAGCAAGGCCAAUGCUGACUGUGAUGAUUGUGAUGGCAAGCAGAAGACUCCCGUAGCAGCAUCCAGUGCUGUUGACAACUGUGUGGAUUACACUUUGAUGCCACAAGAUACCUGAUUCCACAAGUUAAUCGUAAAAAAAGAAAGGGGCAGGACAUGAUUCAGUUGCCAUGCAGGCUGCUAUCGUAACAGGCCUUUUCAGCCCCUCCCCCCUUAUCUGGUUGGUCCAACUGUUGUUGUGGCCACACCUCCUUGGACCUCGCUUGGCCGAAGCCAGUCCCGCCUGCCCCAAUCCCUGUAGCUGUUCCAAUCAAGCCAGUCGAGUGAUCUGUACCAGAAAAGGCUUAAAUGAAGUUCCACAGAGUAUCUCGUCCAAUACGCGAUACCUUAACCUCCAGGAGAACUCCAUACAGUUGAUCAGGUCAGAUACCUUCAAGCACCUAAAUCAUCUGGAAAUUUUACAGUUGUCUAAGAACCAGAUUCGUCAGAUAGAAGUGGGGGCGUUCAAUGGCCUUCCCAAUCUCAUCACCCUGGAGCUUUUUGACAACAGACUCCCACUGGUACCAUCACAGGCAUUUGAGUACCUGAGCAAGCUUCGUGAACUCUGGCUAAGGAACAACCCCAUAGAGACACUCCCAGCGUACGCCUUCCACCGUGUGCCGUCACUGCGACGGUUAGACCUCGGUGAGUUGCGCAAGCUCAGUUUCAUCUCGGAGGCCGCAUUCGAAGGGUUGCUGAACCUACGUUUCCUGAAUCUGGGCAUGUGCGGGCUUAAGGACGUACCCAACUUGACGCCUCUCGUGCGGUUAGAGGAACUGGAGCUGUCAGGAAACCAGCUGGGCGUGGUGCGUCCUGGAUCGUUCCAAGGCCUGGUGUCUCUACGCAAACUGUGGCUCAUGCACUCUCGGAUCUCUGUCAUUGAGAGGAAUGCCUUUGAUGACCUCAAGAACCUGGAGGAGCUCAAUCUGUCGCAUAACUCUCUGCAUUCGUUGCCACAUGAUCUCUUCACUCCACUGCAGCAGUUAGAGCGUGUCCAUCUGAACCACAACCCUUGGGUUUGCAACUGUGAUGUUCUGUGGUUGAGCUGGUGGCUUAAAGAAACCGUACCUGAUAACUCCACUUGUUGUGCACGAUGCCAUGCCCCACCAGGUACUAAGGGCAGGUACAUUGGUGAUCUUGACCAGAGAGACUUCACCUGCUAUGCACCUGUGAUUGUGGAGCCACCAACGGACCUGAACGUGACCGAGGGAAUGGCAGCGGAGCUAAAAUGCCGCAGCGGGACAUCCAUGACUUCCGUUAAUUGGUUGACCCCCAAUGGGACCUUGAUGACCCAUGGAGCGUACAAGGUCCGGAUCUCUGUCCUGCAUGAUGGAACCUUGAAUUUUACCAAUGUGACCAUGCAAGACACCGGACCCUACACCUGUAUGGUCACCAACUCUGCUGGCAACACCACAGCAACUGCUGUGUUGAACGUCUCAGCUCCUGAUCCAGGCAGUGGUUACAGCUACUUCACAACUGUUACUGUUGAAACCGUAGAGACGGGGCAAGAAGGGCAUGAAUCAGCUCGGCAGUUCGUCAACGAGACGAUUAUUAGCUUUCCAGGACCGCCAGCCGCAUCUGCAUCAGCAGGUCCCACUAGUUCGAUGCUGUCCUCCUUGUCACCACGAACUACGCGUGCACCCGAUCGCCCGUUCACCGUCUCCAUCACAGACGUUGCCAACCUGUCGGGUCUUGAGGACGUAAUGAAGACAACUAAGAUCAUCAUAGGCUGCUUUGUGGCCAUCACCUUCAUGGCGGCCGUGAUGCUGGUCGUCUUCUACAAGCUUCGCAAGCAGCACCAACUGCACAAACACCAUGGCCCAGCGCGCACCGUUGAGAUCAUCAACGUCGAAGAUGAGAUUGGAUCCGCAGGAGCUAGUGGCAUCGCAGGAGGGAGCACUGUCCACACUGGAGCGGGAACUGGUGGAGGAAGCGGGCAGAGUCCAAGGAUUCAUGACCCUGAGAUCAUGACCCUGCCGAGCGUUGGGCAAUCGGAUCACCUGAACCACUACUACAAAGCGCACCACUUUAACAACAACGUGCUGGGCUUAAACAUGGCCACUGGAAUACUCAACAACAAACCCAAUCUUUCCUCCCAAAAUCAGGCUUCGACCAUGAAAAUAGGGACCGGUGACAUCAUCCCCGGCUCGACCUCACCUCCCCUGCCAAUGCCCAUCCCAAUGGCGAUGACUUUCCACGGAACUCUGAAAGGCCUUAGUCACGUUCCCAAUAUGCAGACUGAGCCGCUGUUGCUAUCGAAUGGCUCCAAGGAGAGCGUUCAGGAGACCCAGAUCUGAUUACUCACAUACACAUGCAGGAAGGGAAGUAGACUGGUUUUUACGCCAGUGUGACUGUCAAGCCUUUGACAUUAUGGAAGUCCAUCCCUUUCCGACAGAUUCUAUGGAAUAUUCCGUUCAGUGAACAGAGAGACAGGUUUUUACUGAAGUGGACAUGGCGCUAUUGAGUACACAUGUGCCAAAGCAAGCGUCUUUUUUGCAGUUCUUUUUGAGUUGUGUCCGCGUAUAAAAAAUAUAGUCUAUAUUAAAGUAGUGUAAUUACUUAAGUGUUGGUUUGCCACAGUCCAGCGACACAGAGUACACACACCCCGAUGUACAGCAGCUAACAGACCUGUAUAAAAGCAUACACACAUUUACACUCCCCGGAGGUUGACAUCAUUAUUCAUUGUACUCACCUCGGUAGGUAGUGUACCUGUGUGUGUGUGUGUAAGGGACAGUAUUACCUGAGACUAAUUCAGAAAUAAAGACUUAAACUGCUGUGAUCCAGAAUACAUGCUCAUGUUCACUCUGCUUCAUGAUGACAUUCUGAAU